AUGCCUAAAUUUGCUCAAAAUCUCAUACAAGUUGUCAAUGAGUUACAAGAUAUACUUAAAGACAAUCUCGAGUUUGAUUUGCCACAAAUCGUUGUCAUCGGUGGUCAGUCUUCGGGUAAAUCCAGUGUUUUGGAGAGUAUUGUUGGCCAGGAUUUCCUGCCCCGCGGGUCGGGUAUUGUCACCCGAAGACCACUCGUUCUGCAAUUGAUUUCAGAGAAAGAUAGGGAAGAGGAUUUGGCUCAAUUUUCUCAUUCAGCCGAAGAUUUCUACGAUUUCGACGAAAUCAGGGAUGAAAUCAUUAACGAAACCAAUCGAGAGGUUCCCGAAAGUUGCGGAAUAUCUCCCAUUCCUAUCAAUCUGAAGAUAUAUUCCUCUGAAAUGUUGGAUCUAACUCUUGUAGAUCUGCCGGGAAUGACAAGAGUGGCGGUCGGGGAUCAGCCCAAAGACAUUGAGUUUCAAAUUGAAAAAAUGAUUUUGGAUUACAUUUCUGGUGAUAAUUGUCUCAUUUUGGCCGUCACUGCAGCCAAUCAGGAUUUGGCGACAUCUGAUGCCUUAAAACUGGCCAAUAAAGUGGAUCCCGAGGGCGACCGCACUAUCGGUGUCCUCACAAAACUGGAUCUCAUGGAUAAGGGAACCGAUGCCCGCAAUAUACUGUUAGGAAAACACGGCAUCCGUUUGAAGAGAGGUUUCCACGGAGUGGUUAACAGAUCCCAAAAAGACAUCGACGGAAAUAAAAAUAUGAAGAAAGCACUGGAAGACGAACACAAGUUCUUUUUGGAUCACCCCGCGUACGGGCCAUCGAUGGCUAAACGUAUGGGUAUUAAACAUUUGCAACAAUUUCUUCAGUCAGAACUCUUUGCCCACAUUUCCUCCCGAUUGCCGCCAUUGAAGACCAAAACAGAGGAGAAAUUAUCCGAAAUUAAUCAAGAAUUAUUAAAAAUUGAGUUUCCGGAGGAUUCAAUGGAAAAGGAGAGACUAUUGGCGCAAACAAUUGAGUCGUUUCGCAAUCACUUUAAGAGCUCAAUGGGAGGCAGUGUUUGGAAAGUAGAUGUAAAUGAUUUGAGUUGUGGUGCGAAAAUCAAUGUCCUAAUGAAUGACACGUUUCCCAAAGAGAUUGAUCUCUUGUUUUACGACGAGAAGCGUUUGGGCUAUAAUAUCGCGAACGCUAUUCAAAACUCGUUCGGCACUCGUUUGGGUGUUUUCAUACCCGACGCCGCAUUCACUUCAUGUGUUGGCCCACAGAUUGAACUGUUUAAAACGCCGUCCAUUGCUUGUAUCGAUUGGGUUAGCGAUGAAAUCACCAAAACAAUCAACAAAUGUUUGAAAGAUAUCAACUGUUUGCCUAAUUUAAAAAAUAUUUUUGCAGAUUUGACUCUAGAUUUUGUCCAUCAGUCCACUAAGAAAUGCAAACAAAUAGCCGAACAUAUGAUUAAAAUGGAAAUAUGUUAUCCAAACACACUUCACGAGGACUUCCUUGAAAUGAUUGGUAAUGGUGAGAUAAGACCCAUAGCAGCGACACCAGUGAAUGCUAUUCAGCAAAACACACAGAAUUUGAAAUCCGAUUAUAUUUCAUACAAGAAGAAUGACUUGUAUUUUGUUCUCAAAGACACUACUCUUUACUGGUUUAAAGACGAGAAACAAAAUGACAUGGCGUUCCCCGACGUAAUGAAACCACAAGUGGAUGAAGUGAAGCGAUAUCUUCACACAUAUUUUGUUAUCCUUAAGAAGACAUUUAAGGAUCGUUUGCCUAAAUUGUGUCAAUUAGAGCUCAUUAAGGCGACCGAAAAAUUCAUUGGAACCGAACUCCAGGCCGGCAUUAGAGGCCAAUUCAAGACAAUCGAUGAAAUCAUUGGUGAAGAUCCGGACAGAGAAAUGAGGAUUGAAUUGGAAAACGAUAAGAAAAAGUAUGUCGAAGCCAUUGCUAUAAUGGAUAAGUACUCUAAAAUGAGAUUCUAA